AUGGGCAUGAGGCAGUGCUCAAAGGACGAAAUGGGCUACACACCAUUCAUCCAUGCUGCAGAAAGUGGACAUGAGGCUGUUGUAAGGCUGUUACUUGAGACUGGACAGGUGGAUGUGAAUGUAAGCAGCUACUACGGAUUCACGCCACUGGCCACAGCUGCGGAGAAUGGACAUGACGCGGUGGUGAAGCUCUUACUUGAGACAGGCGAGGUGGACGUGAACGCAACGAGCUUCGAGCCGCUAACACCUAUCUACCUUUCCGUGCGGGGAGGGCAUACGACGGUAGUAAAACUGCUACUUGGAACUGGACAGAUUGAUCUGGACAUAAAAGACGACGAAGGUCGAACAGCGUUGACCUACGCCGCAGAGCUUGGACAACAAGAAGCAAUCGUGAGGAUGUGA